UCUCUCUCGCACUCACUCUCAUGCACACAGUGUCGCACUAAUGAGCAAGCCUAGAGCUACCCGGCAGCACUGAUCUCUCAUCAGCCGGGCUACGGCCAAACAUCAGAGGCAACGAGACACAAAGCUGAUCUGCAGUCGUCCGGGUGCAAAGCCAAAGGGAGAGAUUGCGAGACAAAUUAGUCAGUCAGAGAGGAAGGGACUUGAUUCGCCUGCAACUGCCGACCUGCACUUUCUUCCCUUCUUUCUUCUGCCAAGGACCGCUUUUCCUCCCCGCAUCCAGUCAUGGAGGAGAUGCUCACCUGCAGACGCAGCCCCUUCUCCCAGGUGUUUGGGCGCCAGGGUCAGCUCAUGCAAGCCACGGUGCAAUCCCUGAACAGCCUGAAUGAUCAAAUCGCAAAUUUCAUGGUGACGGAACCCAAAUCACUUGAGCAGAAUGAUCACGCAUAUUGUCCACCUGAGAAGGAGACACUGCAAAAGUCAAUGACCUUGAUGAGACACCUCCUCGUGGAUGCUCAGGCAAAAAUCCUGAAAAUGAUGGAUGACAACAAGCAGCUGGCUCAGCGCAUAGAUGGGGCCAUUCAGUCGGCCAGCCAGGAGGUGACCAACUUGCGCUCGGAGCUGAGCGCCACCAGCCGCAGACUGACCGAGCUGGGUGCUGCUGACCCUUCCGGCUGCAUUCUUGAGAGCAGGCAGCACAACCACAACGAUACUUCUCCGCACUCGAGGCAGAAGGCGCCCUCCACUGACCUGUGCUACACGAGUGAAAUCAGCAGUCUGAUGGACUUCAACUCUCCUGAUGCCUCCCUAGACAAAGUUCUACUUCGUGAGGAGGUGGCCCAACUGCAGGAAGAAGUGCACCUGCUGCGCCAGAUGAAGGAUAUGUUGAGUAAGGACCUGGAGGAGAGCCAAGGAGGAUGUUCGGCCGAGGUGCUUUCUGCCACCGAGCUCCGCGUGCAGCUGGCCCAAAAGGAGCAGGAGCUGGACCGAGCCAAAGAGGCUUUGCAAGCCAUGAAGUCAGACCGUAAGCGUCUUAAGGUGGAAAAGGCAGACCUGGUGAAUCAGAUGCAGCAACUUUAUUCCACACUGGAGAGCCGAGAGGAGCAGCUCCGGGAUUUUAUUCGCAACUACGACCAGCACAGAAAAGAGAGCGAGGAUGCGGUGAAAGCUCUUGCCAAAGAGAAAGACAUGCUGGAGAGAGAGAAGUGGGACCUGCGGCGACAGACCAAGGAAGCCACCGAGCACACGGGAAUGCUGCGAGCACAGCUGGACCUCAAGGAAAACCGCAUCAAGGAGCUGGAGGCUGAACUGGCAAUGAUCAGUGUCAAUCAAAGAAUGGAGUUCCGGGUGUUUGAGCGGCUCGGGGACAGGGACUUCUCCCCGAGGGUUAUGGCGGCCAAACAGUCACUAGCCACCCUUACCAAGGAUGUGCCUAAACGUCACUCCCUGGCAAUGCCAACAGAGCCGGUUGUCAACGGUAACAACCAGGAGUGGGUGAUGCAAGCUGACCUUCCCCUCACUGCUGCCAUCAGACAGAGUCAGCAGACCCUCUACGUGCACACGGGCCAUCCCACCGACAGACAAGUGGCUGCUGUGAGGUUGAGCCCGUGCCACUCGCGUCAGCCCUCCGUCAUCUCCGAUGCCUCGGCUGCGGAGGGAGACAGGUCGUCCACACCUAGUGACAUCAACUCUCCACGUCAUCGGACACACUCACUCUGCAAUUCUCUAGAAGAUCUGGAGGUGGCCAAAUGUAAGAAGAAGAAGGACAAAAUGGGCCUGGGCUCUUUGUCGCGAGUCUUCACCCGAAAACAACGCAAGUCCCUGGACCCGGGUCUGUUUGAUGGUACUGCAACACCCGAUUAUUACAUAGAGGAGGACGCCGACUGGUAAAGGCCACGCAGAGCCUCUGUGGAAAUGAUCGGAGGAUGGCGCUAGGUUUUAAUGUCCGUGACAAACGGCACGUGUGAAGGUGUGCGAGUGUGAGCUAGCAAAUUGCACCUGUACGUACGGUAUGUACAUUCAUGUAAAUAGUGCGCAACAUGGUGAAUAUCAGUUUCAAUUCUCUACUUUGAUUUUCACUCAACUGCAAACUUGAAGGACUGCUGUACAUGUAAAUAACAACAGUUGAUGUGCACUUUGUGUGUGUGUGUGUGUGUGUGUGUGUGUGUAAAUGUCUCCAUGUCCUGAAUGCCUUUUCUUAUUUUUGAUAUGUAACCCUGACUACCUUUUAAGUCCCCGCCACCCACGUUUACCGUCCUGCCUGCCUGGUUCAUUCCCCGUCCUGAGAACAGUUUUCCUGUGGGCGGCAUGCAGACUCCUCAAAUCCAUCCCAUUCUCUCCACAGUCAGGCAAACUACACAAGCGCCUCUUUAAGCGGAAUGAAUCGUCCACUCAAGGCAUUUUGUUUCCUAGCAACACGAGGCCUAGCAGGGAUUGUGGGAAAUGUGAUUUCUAUCUGUUCAGAUAGAAGCGUUUGUACAUACAUGCGUGCCGUAUUGUGCCAUGCAUGCACAUACUGUCCCACAGCGCAUGCGACUCUGACGCCACCGUCCGUAAAAUGAACUAACAACUGUCUGCUUUGAGAAAAGAGAGGUCAGUUACCCCUGCCACACUCUCAAACUUGUCAGGAACUUGUUAGCCGUUGUAACUUCAAUAAUUCUUAAACACACACAGUGACUAAUCAAACAUUAAUGGAAAGUUAAGUCAACCAAAAUUAUUCCAAAAAGAAUCUCGUGUAUGCCAUACGUAUGUGGUUUCUGAAAAUU